AUGUGGGCUUAUGUGACCAUAUUUGCAUUGAUCAAUGUUGACACGAACAAGGUUAGCAAUAACCUUAACCACCAGAAUUAUGGUAGAGAAAGGGAGCAUGAAGGAGAUGCUAAUAAUGGGGAUGCAGUUGGUAGCAAUGCCAGAAAUGCUAAUGGUUGUACUUACAAGGAAUUCUUGGCAUGUAAGCCAAGGGAUUUCGAUGGCAAAGGGGGCGYAUUGGUACUCACGAGAUGGGUAGAGAAGAUGGAAGCAGUGAUGGAUAUCAGCAAUUGUGUAGAUAACCAGAAGGUCAAGUAUGCAGCAAGCUCUUUAAUUAACAAAGCUCUGACAUGGUGGAACACACAGAUUCAAGCUAGGUGGAGAACCGCUGCAAUAGGCAUGUCCUGGGAGGACUUUAAAGCAUUGCUAGUGGAGGAGUUCUGCCCAAAGAAUGAAAUGCAGAAAAUAGAAAAUGAGUUUUGGAACCACACCAUGGUGGGAGCUAACCAUGCCGCGUACACCGAUCGAUUUCAUGAGUUAGCCAAACUAGUCCCACAUUUGGUUACCCCCGAGUCCAAACGGAUUGCUCGGUAUAUUUCUGGGUUAGUUCCUCAAAUUCGUGGAAUGGUUACUGCAACUGAGCCACCAACCAUUCAAAGUGCUAUCUUAAAGGCGGGGGCACUAACAGAUGAGAUGGUUAGAAAUGGAUCUUUGACUAAGAGUAAUGAGAAGAGGAAAGAUGGAGGUGAGUCAAGUAAACAAGGGAACACCAGGACCGAUAACAAGAGGAAUAAAGUGGUAAAAGGGUUCGUGGCAACCAACCCUGUCAGGAAGGAGUAUACAGGUCCUGCCCCAAAAUGUGCCAGGUGCAAUUACCAUCAUUAUCCUAAUACGCCAUGUCGUUCCUGUACAACAUGCAAUAGGUUGGGGCACUAUGCAAAGGAUUGUCAGGUAGGGGCCGGGUUGGUGACUCCGGUAAAUGCAAUAAACCGACAGUUACUCGUGGGGCGUGUUUCGAAUACAGUGGUACCGAUCACUAUCGAUCGACGUGCCCUAGGCUGA